AUGUUUGAAUGGGAAAUAUCUGUCAGUUAUGUAUCUGGUGUGUCUGAAGCAUUAGUGUUCAGUAAUUCACGACGCAUUAUUAAAGAUAUAGCUACCGCAGUUUUAGUUCCGUUGAUUAUGGCUGACACAAGCAACAACUCAAAAGAAAACGAUAAACAUAAUGACAUGGAUAAGAAGGGAAUACCAAAGGCUGAGUUCAUCGAAGACGUAGAUGCUUACACGAAAGCCAAUAAUUUUUCAACUCUUAUGGAAGCUGGACGUUCUUUCGAAGAAUUAUACCAAAAAUAUAAAAUUAUUGAACAGGCUCUAUUACAGCGUAAAAUAAGAUUAAUGCAACAGUUACCAGAUAUACAGAAAACUUUAGCUGUUGUCCGACAAUUACAAAAACAAAAUACUAGUUUAGACGUAACUUUUGAAAUAUCUAACCAGUUAUAUACACGUGCUCAUAUUCCCAAAGCAGAUAGAGUUGGUUUAUGGUUAGGUGCCAAUGUCAUGUUAGAAUAUGAUCUAGAGGAAGCUGACAAAAUACUCGUUGAAAAUGAACAAUCAGCUGAACAAUCCUUGCAAGAUGUAGAUCAAACAUUAGAAUUUCUUAAAAAUCAAACAACUACAGUCGAAGUAAAUUUGGCUCGCUUACACAAUUUGUCUGUAAAACGUGGACGUCAAAUCAGUCAUCUGAAGUGA